UUUUAACGUGGUUAACGGUAACGUCAACAAAAUUUUCUGUUUAUGGUAGAUUAUUGCAGAAAUGGAUGUCAUGAGCUGGAGAACCUUUUUGAACGCAAACCUAACAAGAGACAAGGAACCAAAAACAUACCCCGGUGCUUGAAAGUUAAAAUACAUUCAUCUUCCUGA